AUGGCGCCUCACUACAUGCCGGUCCAAACAUAUUCGAACGUUCCCAUCACCACACUCGUCGCACACCACACUCAUCAACCUAGCAUGAAUCACCAGAACCCAUUCACAUAUGCUCACUACACAGCUGGGAACUCAAACAACAUGGUAACUCCUUUCGCAAAUGCCUAUGUUCAAUCUCGCCCUGGAAUGCCAUACCCUAUGCAGAUGGACAACAGUCUCGUUAGAACAAUCCCAUUCUGCCGCCCUCAAAGACAAGGAUUUAUUAUCGAGGAACCAAGCUCACAAGGCUCGACUAUCAAGAGUGAACCAUCUUGGAACUCUCCACCCGGCCCAUCUAACUACCUUUCACCUUGUAAUAAAAUAAUUACCGCGCCGGGUACUUCUACAAGUGAUGUCAAUUUCGGGACAGAGGUCGAUACUCUAAUGAAAGCUAUACAAGCUAAAUCCACUACUCAGCCACAGCCGUCUGUUGCCCAGCAAACAACAUCUGUGGUAGGUGCUUCCCCGAUUUCAAGCCAACUUGUCGAAACCUGCCACCCUGGAAAUCCGAUUUACUCAAAGCUCACGCCAACAUGCAUGCAGACAGACAUGAACAACACGAAGACCAGCAAAAAGCGAUAUCAAUGUACAAUUGAAGGUUGCACUAAGAGUUUCUAUCAAAAAACUCAUCUCGACAUCCACGAAAGAGCUCAUACAGGGGUCAAGCCCUACUUAUGCAAGCAGCCAGGCUGUGACCGGACCUUUUCUCAGCUAGGGAAUCUGAAGACACACGAAAGAAGGCACACAGGAGAAAGACCUUACCAAUGUGACACUUGUGGCAAGAGGUUUGCGCAGCGAGGAAACGUUAGAGCUCACAAGAUCGUGCAUGAUCAAUCUAAACCGUACAUUUGUAAGCUUGACGAUUGUGGAAAGCAGUUCACCCAAUUGGGGAAUCUCAAGUCACACCAAAACAAAUUCCACAUCGCUACUAUUCGCGCAUUAACCGCAAAGUUUGCAUCGAUUCAAGAGGGUGAUACCGUUCACGCUGCAGACCGAGAGCUAUGGGUCUAUUUCGCCAACCUAUACAAGAAUAGCAAUAAAGGAAUAAAAGGAAGGGGAAAAGACAGAAAAGUAGGGUCUAAUCCGACUACGUCAUCGAUACGAAAUAACACCAUCACCUCAUCAGGAUACGGAAUGAAUGGACCCGGAAGAGGUAACAUGGUUGUAAAUUUAAACGUGAAUUUAUCCACUCACCAUAUCCCAAGAAAUACUUCCAACAAUUAUGAGCUAUAUGAAGUCGAAGAUGAUAAUAGAAGUGCCGGAGGAGCCUCAAACUCGACGAUUACAAGCUUUGAAGACGCCCAUUCUGACGGCUAUGAUGAACCAGGACGCCCGGGCGAGAUGCCUUAUGGCGAACGCAUCUAUUAG